AUGGCGCGCGCCAAACCCCUCCGCGUCCCAACGACCGGCAGUCUCCCAAACAACCUUCGCAUCCCCUCAUCAACACCCUCCCUCGCCAAAUCCCUCAGCAAACACACUCGUCAAGCCCUCCUCGAUCUAGCCCUCUUCUGGCUUGAUGACGACAACAUCACGCUCUUCCCUCCAUACCUCAAAUCCACCGCCCAACAUGACACAACCGACGAAGAAACCCUCCCAUACCCGGCCGCCGAAACAAUCGACGAAAUCCGCCAAGUCUACAUUGACCUACAAGAGCGCAAGGGUGGAAAGCGCGAGGUCCUAGAGCGGAUAUUAGAAGGCGAUUGGCGCCAUGGGAUCACGUUGCGACAGCUCGCAAUGUCGGAUAUACAAUACAUGGACGAUCACCCCUCCAGUUUACGCUGGACAGCCCUGGAACUUAGUCGCAUCGAUGCGAGACCGAAGGAACCCCUCGAUUCCUCCGUACCAGACUGGUCGGCCAAUAUCCCACGCACACAAGCGGCGACCUUUGUCAGAGCCCUGCAGCAAGAAAUCGCCCCCUUCAUCAAAGUGCACUACCACCUCUCCCGCGCAACAGUCCUCCCCCUAACAUUCCUGCGCAUAUUUGUCCUCGAAUCACCCUACCAAGUACCCCAGCAAAACCCGGAGAUCUACUCCGACUCCUCGCGCGUCAUCUACGUCGCGUUCCCGGAUAGUUGUCCCUACGUAUACACCUCCGUCACCAGCUCGACGGGGACACUAGCCGGACCGCCGAUUAACAUGAUAGCCACGGACCCGAAGAGUUUACAGCGGUUGGUGCGCGAUGCGGUUCCCAAGGCUCUUUCCCGUCCUCACGAGCGGUAUACGCUGAAAGCGACGGGUCUGGCGGCGAAGAAUUUACCUACGUUGCUUGCGCUGCGUGGUCCCGGCAGGACGACCGCUGCGAAUGGCGCUUUUAGUAUCUUUGCUGAUGCGGCUGUUGAGGGGAGUCCGUUGGAUCCGCGGCCAUCGAAUACGGUCUCUGCGGAGGAGUAUAUGCGUGGGGAUGGCAAGGUGGUGUCCACGGAGGAUAAAGAGAAUGAUCGUCCUGCUGAUAGCAUGGGUCCUGCUUCGAAGCGACGCACUGCUAGUGGUGGUGACACCGGCAACAGCCCUCUCUCUCCUACGUCUAAAAAACGACGACUCGCGAUUCAGUCCCGGUUCGGCACGGCGGGGGGUUCACUCGCCCCCGCGCCCCUCGACCGUCUCGAUAUCCGGCUUUUGGAUGUACCGUCUAGCAAAGACGGUGAUGAUGCUACAACUAGUGCUACCCCUUCCGCGGCGCAACCUACUAUCUCAUUGACAUUCACGGGCUCCGAUGUUAUCGGUGGAAUCCGGAAACUUACUGAUCUGGGAUUAAUUGACCCUGAGCGAAUGCCAUCGUGGAUGACCGGUGAAGAAGCAGUUAGUGUGGCCGUUGUACGUGGUGGGAAGAGACUGAAGAGCUCUGCCUAA